AGGGCCUGAAGAGCUGGAUCUGAGAGCAGACAAACUUGCGUAGUCUCUCCACGGUCCUCGCUGUCUGCCUGCCUCUCUCUAUGGACGGCUGGAGGGCACAAGAGGAAACGGGGAUUGUUGUCGUCGGGACCGCAGCGCUUUUCCAGGGCCCAGCUAUGAUUUAAUCUUGGAAAACUGGGGUGUGUGGGGGGAAAAGAAGAAGGAGAAAACCGACGGGAGCGUGAGAGGAGAUGUGCGGUCGGGCCGAGAUUGCGGCGGUAGGUAUCCCUAGGCCUGGACUGAGCAGAUUGUUCUAAAAGGAAACGGACAACAAACAGGGGAAGUGAACAUGGCGGGGACCUCAGGCUUCUUUUCAAACGGACCCGUCCCGUGGAUGGACAACGACACAGAGAUGAACAACCUGUACCGAGACCUGGAGCUCGGGACAGUACUGACACUGUUUUAUUCUAAGAAGUCCCAGCGGCCAGAGAGGCGGACAUUUCAAGUCAAGCUGGAGACCAGGACUAUUAUCUGGACUCGUGGCACGGACAAAAUAGAGGGAGAGGUUGACAUUCGAGAGAUCAAGGAGAUCCGUCCUGGACAGAAGUCCCGGGACUUUGAGCGUUAUGUGGAGGACUCUGCGACGCGGCUGGAGCAGGCUCACUGCUUCGUCAUCCUGUACGGCACCGAGUUCCGCCUUAAGUCCCUCAGCCUGGCAGCAACGUCAGAUGAGGAGAUGACCAUGUGGGUGAAGGGGUUAAACUGGCUUGUGGCCGACACACUGAAAUCUCCAACACCGCUCCAGAUCGAGAGAUGGUUACGUAAGCAGUUCUACGCCGUUGACCGCAACAGAGAAGACAGGAUAUCCUGUAAGGAUCUAAAGAGCAUGCUGAGCCAGGUCAACUACAGGGUGCCCAACAUGAGGUUCCUCCGAGAGAAACUUCCGGACUCCGAGUUGAGAAAUGGAGACGUGUCCUUCAGCCAGUUCGCUCAGCUCUACCGCAGCCUCAUGUUUGAUGCUCAGAAAAACAUGGAGAUCCCGUUUAUGCAGAGGUUCAUUGACAGACCAGAACAGAAGAUCUCCCUCGAAGACUUUCAGGGCUUCCUCCUGGAGUCUCAAAAGGAAAUGUGGGCAGCAGACAACAGCAAAGUUCAGGAGUUCAUGUUCGGCUACCUGAAAGACCCCCUGAGAGAAGUGGAGCAGCCUUAUUUCCACCAAGACGAGCUCCUGACAUACCUGUUCUCCAAAGAGAACAACAUCUGGGAUUCCUCCCUGGACCAAGUGUGUCCUGACAAUAUGAACAACCCCCUGUCCCAAUACUGGAUCUCCUCUUCACACAACACCUACCUGACGGGAGACCAGUUUUCCAGUGAGUCGUCCCUGGAGGCGUACGCUCGCUGUCUGAGAAUGGGCUGCCGCUGUAUUGAACUGGACUGCUGGGAUGGUCCAGAUGGAAUGCCAGUCAUCUACCACGGACACACCCUCACAACAAAAAUCAAGUUUUGUGAUGUCUUGACCACCAUCAAAGAGCAUGCCUUCGUCACAUCCGAAUAUCCCAUCAUCUUGUCCAUCGAGGACCACUGUAGUAUCGUGCAGCAGAGGAAUAUGGCCACCCAAUUUAAGAAAGUGUUUGGGGACAUGCUGCUGACCAAGGCGGUGGACAUCGCUGCAGACGGCCUGCCAUCACCCAACCAGCUCAAGAAGAAGAUCCUCAUCAAGCAUAAGAAGCUUGCAGAAGGCAGUGCCUACGAGGAGGUUUCUACCUCCACUCCAUACUCUGAGAACGAUAUCAGCAACUCAAUCAAGAAUGGCAUCCUGUACCUGGAAGACCCCAUUAAUCAUGAGUGGUACCCUCAUUUCUUUGUCCUGACCAGCAGUAAGAUCUACUACUCCGAGGAGACCUCCAGUAACCAGGGCAACGAUGAUGAGGAGGAGCACAGAGAGCCGUCCAACGGUAUGGACCAGCAUGUGACGGAGAAGUGGUUCCACGGGAAGCUGGGCGCCGGGCGGGACGGGCGGCAGAUCGCCGAGAGGUUACUGUCCGAGUACUGCCUGGAGACCGGAGCGCCCGACGGCUCCUUCCUGGUCCGAGAGAGCGAGACCUUCGUGGGAGACUACACACUGUCUUUCUGGCGUUCGGGGCGGGUUCAGCACUGUCGUAUCCACUCUCGUCAGGAGGCAGGCAGCCCCAAGUUCUACCUGACUGACAACCUGGUGUUCGACACGCUCUUCGCCCUCAUCAACCACUACCAGCAGGUGGCGCUGCGCUGCAACGAGUUUGAGAUGAAGCUGACAGAGCCGGUGCCUCAGACCAAUGCUCACGAGAGCAAAGAAUGGUACCAUGCCAACCUCUCCAGGAGCCACGCAGAAAACAUGCUCAUGAGGGUCCCUCGUGACGGGGCUUUCCUUGUGAGGAAGAGGGCGGAGGCUAACUCGUUUGCCAUUUCCUUCAGGGCCGAGGGAAAGAUAAAGCACUGCAGGGUGCAGCAGGAGGGUCAGACCGUGGUGCUGGGCACCUCAGAGUUCGACAGCCUGGUAGAUCUCAUCAGCUACUAUGAGAAGCACCCUCUGUACCGCAAAAUGAAACUGCGCUAUCCCAUCAAUGAGGACACACUGGAGAAGAUAGGCACUGCUGAGCCGGACUACGGGUCACUGUACGAGGGCAGAAAUCCAGGCUUUUACGUGGAGGCCAACCAAAUGCCAACAUUUAAGUGCACAGUGAGAGCCAUGUACGAGUAUAAAGCCCAGAGAGACGACGAGCUCUCCUUCAUUAAGAACGCUGUUAUCUCUAAUGUAGACAAACAGGAAGGAGGAUGGUGGAAGGGUGACUGUGGAGGGAAGAAGCAGCUGUGGUUUCCUGCUAAUUAUGUGGAAGAGAUCAGUCCAUCAGCAGUGGAGCCCGAUAGAACUGAGAUGACAGAAAACAGCCCCCUUGGAGACCUGCUGAGAGGAAGUGUGGACGUGUCUUCCUGUCAGAUCGUUGUGCGUCCUGAUGGGAAGGGCAGCCGGCCUCAUGUCUUCUCCCUGGUGCCGAGCACCUCCAUGCGGACCGGCCCGGUGCUGGACGUCGCUGCCAGCACCCAGGAGGAACUCAAGGAAUGGGUGUUCAAGAUCCGUGAAGUCACAAUGACAUCAGAGGCCAAGCUGGAGGAGGGGAAGAUGAUGGAGAGGAGGAAGAAGAUUGCACUGGAAUUAUCCGACCUGGUCAUCUACUGUAGGCCUGUGCCAUUUGACGAAGACAAGAUUGGCUCAGAGCGUGCCUGUUUCCGGGACAUGUCAUCCUUCCCCGAGACCAAGGCAGAGAAGUACGUCAACAAGAUCAAGGGGAAGAAGUUCCUGCAGUACAAUCGACUGCAGCUGUCCAGGAUCUACCCCAGAGGACAGAGACUAGACUCCUCCAACUACGACCCUCUGCCCAUGUGGCUCUGUGGGUCCCAGCUGGUAGCACUCAACUUCCAGACAGCAGACAAGCCCAUGCAGAUGAACCAGGCUCUCUUCAUGCUGAACGGAAAGAGCGGCUACGUCCUGGAGCCGCCCAUCAUGAGGGACGACAACUUUGAUCCCUUCGACAGGCAUACGCUACGAGGCGUCGAACAAAUCACCCUCGAGAUAGAGGUUUUGGGCGCCCGGCACUUGCCCAAACACGGGCGCGGCAUAGUUUGUCCUUUGAUCGAGAUCGAGGUGUGCGGGGCGGAUUACGACAGUGCCAAGCAAAAAACUGACUCGGAAGCUGAUAACGGGCUGAACCCCACGUGGCCCCGAAAGCCAUUCGAGUUCACGAUAUGCAACGCUGCCUUUGCCUUCCUGCGCUUUGUGGUUUAUGAGAUUGACAUGUUCAAUGACCAAAACUUCCUGGCUCAGGCCACAUUCCCCAUUCACAGCCUCAAGACAGGUUACCGGUCGGUCCCUCUGAAGAACAGCUACAAUGAGGAUCUGGAGCUGGCUUCCCUGUUGGUCCACAUGGACAUCAUCAGUGGCCGGGAUGAAAACGGGGAGGUUCUGAGCCCGUUCAUCGCAGUGGGGGCUGCGUCAGUGACGGCAUCCUCCCCAUCUGGGCGGGAACGUUCGGUGGAGUCCGUGUCCUCGACGUCCUCCAACGUGUCCCCUGUGCCCCAGUCCCCGGCCCAGGCCCAGGCCUACAGGGAGGGCUCAUUUGAGUCCCGCUACCAGUCCCCUCUGGAGGACUUCAGGGUGUCCCAGGAGGCCCUGUUGGACCACAUGGACCCCCAGAACAGACAAACAAGCCCUCUCACCACUCGCCUGAUGGGAAGGAGGGACUCGGACACAAGAGUAGAGGGAGGACCGCUGAGAGGAAGCUGACCGUUGGGACAGGAAGAAGAAAUUGACAUUCAUGGGAGAACAAAAACAGGCUGGAGUAGAGUCCCGCUCUGGGCUGGUUGUGAGAGGACGGGCUGCCCUCUCUUGGUUUUAGGUGUGCCCAACAUCUGCCUGUUUGGAGGCUAAGAGGAGGGAAAUAGAGAGUUAUAAAAGGUAUCAGUUUGAAACUGUUCCCCAGUUAAGUUUCUUUGCUCUUCUCUCUAUUAGUCGUAUAUGAAUAUAUGUAUUUAUUCCUGCUGUGCUGUUGGCCGGAGAACAGCAGCAGCUGACCUGCUCUCAAAGAGCUUCUUUCUCCAUGUUUUUAAUUAUUCUAAUUAUUUAAGCCUUUAAAACAUUCAUAAUGUGACUUUUCAUUUUUUAAAUGUAUAUGUGUAAAACACGAGGGCUCUCUACGGCUAUUUCAAUGUCUCUCUGCUUCAUAGAGGAAAUUACCGCCUCCAGUCAAACUCACACCAUAACCCUGGGGGAAUAUCUCACCCUUUUUUUUUGAAGGCAUCAGGAAGAAGUCAUAGCCUGUUUGUGUUGGAAGAAGUGAGAGCGUAUUAUCUGCACACACAAACACACAUGCAUACAUUUUAUUUCUAAUUUACAUUCCAAGUAUCUGCACAUCAUUCCAUAUUCCUGCUUCGCAGGUGCCUUUACAAGCCAGUCUGACACACUCCUGAGUUCCUCCAAUCAUCAAUCAUGUCAUCAUCACACUGUGUGAUGAAGCCGGACAAGGGAUACAUGUUGUCCUACGAUAGGUUGAAGUCCAAUUGAUAUUUUAGUUUAUAAUGAUCAGGGUAGUGUCUGAAUGGUUACCCUUGAUUAGCGAAAGCUUAGUGAACACUCCCACAGGACUAAUCCUUACCUAAAUACAAAAAAAUGUUCCUCUUUACGAUUUUUAGCCUGCAUUCUCUUCCAAAAUGUAAAUGGGCCUUAUUAAGUGCUGCACAGUCAUCUUGUGUAUCAGAUGAUUGUUCAUUGGCUGCAAGGUUACAGCUAAAAUAACAAUACUGAUAACUGAUCAUUUUUAAAACAGCUGGUUUGAGGAACACAGUUCUAACCUCAUUUGACAUAAUUUUCGGUGACAGGAAACAUUGUAAAUGUGUCACUUUCAAAAAUGUACCAUACUGUAAAUACAGUCAGGCUAUUAACAUUGCAGCCUUUUGAUUAUGUGAUUUAUGAUUGAAUAUUUCAGAAAUGUGGAUAUUUUUACUGACAUUUCAGGCGUAAUAGAAUUUAUGGCCGCUUUUUAUUCUGUAUUUUUUAUUUGUUGAGCAUAACUAUUCCCAUACCUAACACAGCUCUUUGACUACAGUGAAUGAACAACAGUCCCUGUUUCACAUUUUGAGUUUAAGUUUAAACGGAUGUCUCUAAGUAGAGGUUUUCGAGGUCCAAAUGUGUUUUACUGCAACCGGCUUAUUUGUUUUUAUUUGUCAGCAUUUGUGAGGUAGGAGUUCCCUGUGUUUGAAAGGAAAUGAAGUUUUGUUGACCAAGUGGGAGCGUUUGCAUUGCCGUUGUAAAGAAAACAUCCCAUAUACACCUCAUGAGAACGUUUUGAUGCAGCACAAAAACAUAAGGGACCUUUUGUGUUUGUGCUGCCACGGUGUUUUAGUCCUGGGGGAGUUCUGUCGCAGCACAAAGCUGCUUCCCAGAAAGCUUUGAGGAUUUUUUUAAGUCGCACUGCUACAAUAAACAUUAAAUUGCAACUGCCCCUGAAUUUAUCUGUGAUGAAAUGUGCAAAAUUCAACGUGUAAGCAACUGGAUAACAGCUCAAAAAUGAAUGUCAAAUGCUACGUGUUGCAAUUCAUUCCCAACUUUAAAUUCCCUUUCUGGCUUCGACUCAUAAAUGUUUGUCUGACUUGCUAAUUCAGACUUCUCCUGAGCAAAAUGUUGGCGUGUUUUAAAAGUGCAGGGGUUUUUCAUGACCUUUGUUUGUGGAGUGAGAGCCUCUUUGGGUGGAGCAGAGUGUAAGCUUCAGAUUUAGCAGUAGCUGUGUUUCUGUGGCUGGCGGAAGACGCGUAUAUAACCAACGGUGUUAUCUUUCCAGGUUCGUAUCAGAAACAGUGUUUCCUCUGCUUUUAUGUGAUGACUAUGUGAUGUAAACUCAGUAUUCUCAGUCAGUGUUUGACCACUGAGACACACCUAAGCCAUAGGGUAUGAUUUAUGCUAAGGUAAAAGCAGGGACAGGAGUAAAUACUUAAGUCUCAACUACAUUCUUUUAGCAUCUUGUGUUUGCAGCCUCAUAUUGAUUCCAAGGCUACCCCAUAUUACAGUUGUUUUUUUCUUUCCGUUGUCUUUAUGGAGAGCUCUCCCUCCAAUGCUGCAUUGCUCUUAUUGCCGUCUGCUCAUGUCUGUGUGCCUCUGUCUGUGUACACAUCAGCACAGCCACAUCAUUCACCUUGUACACAGCCACGCUACGCCCACGCAGCCGCUCUCACUUAUUCUCUCUGAUCGGCCUCCCGUCAGCACUGUGAGCGAGCGACUGCUGCUCAGUUUGUCAUACCGGUUAUGGCGGGACAUCGUGAACUCCCAUCAACCUGUAAAAUGGUCUAGAUCAACCAGACUAACUAAAAGCAUCUCUGUGGGUGUGCAGGGCCCAUUAGCCUAAUUUGUUUUCACAUUUUCUUUGCUCCAAUUAUGUGUUUUGUUACCGACUGUCUCAUUUACUAUCGCCUUUCUGUAAUGUGCCUAAACUAUGGAGAGGAAAAGUAUUCAUUUUAAUUUUGCCUUUCAUAUGAAACAUAUUAAAUCCUGAAAAGUAAAUAAAAUACUUACUACUUUA